UUUCUCCGGAAUCCUCCGCAAGAUAGGUGCAACAAUCCCAAGUUCUAUUAAUAAACAGGUUUACAUAUAAUAUUAUAUGUAUAGAUCUUGAAAAAUCGUAGCUCCUGGUGCGAUAUUUGAUAUUUGAGAAAACUGCAAUUGAUAAACAAGAUGUCAGUCGAUACAGGGAAUGAAUCGGUUCUACAAUUGUCAAAGUGCUGCGGUCUGACUGCUCCAAACGGAGUUACAGUUCCUUUGAAAUCGAUUGAAGUUGAGGUCAACAUCAAAGGCUAUUUAGCUGAGGUGGUUACAAAGCUGCAGUACACAAAUGCAGAGGAAAAUCCAAUUGAAGCCUUGUUUACUUUUCCUGUUGAUGAUGGAAGUGCUGUCUAUCAGUUUGAGGCUGACAUUGAUGGGCGUCAUAUUGUAGCUGAAGUUCAGGAAAGAGAGCAGGCCAUUCUCACCUACAAAGAUGCAGUAGACAACGGCAAGACGGCCAUGUUGUUGAAGGAGGACACGAAGAGUAGCGACACGUUCCAGUGCACGCUGGGAAAUCUCCCCCCAGGAAAGGACGCCGUGUUGAAGAUGUCGUUUGUGAAUGAACUUCCGCAGGAGGCUGACGGGAAACUACGGUUCACACUUCCAACUGUGCUAAAUCCUCGGUACUCACCAGAUGCAGGAGGAAGUGUAGCAGCAGAGGGAGCCACCUAUGUGCCACCUUGUGCAGUGCCGUAUAAGUUCAAGUUGAUGGCCAGCGUGGAAGGGUACCACAAGAUUAAAGCAGUUACCUCUGACAAAUUAUCUCUGAAAGUUGAAAUGGAACGUGAGGAAAAACUUGCAAAGGUUUCGGUGGGUGAGGAGUUCAAGUUUGACCAUGACCUGACUCUCUACAUCGAGUAUUCAGAGCCCUUCCAGCCGCAGGUGGUGUUGGAGAAUGGAGACCCAGACAGAGAGGGACUGUUGAAAGAAGACCUACUGAUGGUCAGUUUCCAUCCGGAUUUGAAACAAGUAUCCAUGUCAAACAGUGGCGAAUACAUCUUUAUUAUCGAUCGAUCUGGUAGUAUGAACGGAGACAGGAUCAAGAAUGCAAAAGAGGCUUUACUUCUCUUUCUGAAGAGUUUGCCCCCGUCCUGCCAUUUCAAUGUGGUCAGCUUUGGAAGCGAGUUCUCAUGCCUUUUUGAUGGGAGUGAACCCUAUACAGAGAAAUCCCUGAAGAAGGCCCUGAAACUGCAAAAGGCAAUGGAGGCUGACAUGGGUGGUACAGAGAUGUACAAACCACUUGAACAUGUCCUCAAGGCCAAAGUUAAGAAUCAGCCCAGAAAUGUGUUCCUUCUGACAGACGGUGAUGUUGGAAACAGCGCACAAGUGAUUUCUUUGAUCAAGAGUCAUUGUAGCACAACCAGAGUGUUUGCACUUGGUAUUGGCGAUGGGGUGUCUACGUCCCUCGUGAAAGCUGUGGUGAGGGCAGGGAACGGGCUGGCUGAGUUUAUAGCAGAUGAUGCUCGCAUACAACCCAAGGUUGUGUCCUUAUUGAAAUGUGCAAUGCAGCCAGCAGUGACCAACCUAGAGGUCACGUGGAACUUGCCUCCCGCUGUGUCUCUUGUUUCCAUACCAACUGAGGUCCCGGCUAUGCUGACUGUUGGCCAGAGACUGACAUUCUUUGCAUUGCUGAAAGGGGUAGAUAUGAAUACUGUAUAUGCUCCAAGUACCCUUACCUUGAAAGGAUUACAAAACAAUGACCCCAUCAUCUUAACAUUGACCUUCACCUUAUCUGAUGAUGAAAAGGUCAGUAAGUCUGCCCCUGUUCAUCGCCUGGCAACUAAAGUUCAGAUAAAGCAGCUGCAGGAUGCUGAAGCUGCUCUCCAACAGGAAAUUGAAACUGACUGGCAGCUUCAGAGUGACAAGACCAAUCAGGUCAAAGACCUGCGCAAACAGAUUGUUGAUGUUAGUCGUCAUGGAAACAUUAUAUCUAAAUUUACAUCGUUUGUUGCUGUUGACACUGAGGGUGAGAAAGUUCAGGGUAAACUUGAACAAAGGUCCUGCCCUAUACCCACCGUUAGUGAGGAAUUCGUCAAGGGAUUUAAUGAAAGCAUGGGUCAGUCUGCCUUAUGUGAUUCUGGAAUCAUGCUGUGCGGAGGUGCUUUACGUGCAAUGAAACUGCGUUCUGCUUCUCCAUUGAUGGGUGGACCACCAGUGGCGAUGGCAAUGUGUUCUGCUCCUAGAAUGAUGUCAAAACAGAAGAAAUCUUCUUCACCCUUGAAGGGGCUCGGCUGUGGUUUGUUGAAAAGGUCAAAGAAACAAGCAUCUUCAUCAGCACCAAUGGAGGACAGUGAUGAAUCACUGGAUGCAGUCAUGGCGGAUGAGACGUCCUCCAAUUCAAAAGUUGCUGUUGGAUCUGAUCAAAUGAUGCUGGAAGUGAUAACGUUGCAAGAGUUGGCUGGCAACUGGACAGUCUCUUCCCGGCUCACUGGGUUUCUUAAGAUCAGUAAUGAGCAACUUAAGUCUAAGGAGAUUGUUGCUGACGGCACAGUUCUGGUAACGCUGGCCGUGAUUGCCUGGCUCAGGAAGCACUACGGGCACCGUCAGGAUGAGUGGGAGAUGAUUGAGACCAAGGCAGUCAUGUGGCUCGGCCAGCAGGGCCUGCAGAGACCAGUCGAGGAGCUGAUAAAGCUGGUCACAGAAAAAAUGCUGACUGCUUGAAAUCAGAGAAAGAACAAUAAUGUCAUACAAAAGCUCUAAUGUAACAUGUACGGAUUGAUUGAAAAGCUAAUCACUCUGGUUGGACAGUAACUUGUUUGCAAUUAUGUACACAUAUGUACAUUUGGAGUUAAAAUACUUAGUAGGAGUAGUACUAGUACUGGAUGUUGUAACUGAAUAUUGGAAUAAUAAUUUAAACUAUACAAUAAAAACUGUAUUUGUAUUAGGGAGUUAAUAUUUUUCAUGUAUUUCUGUCCUUAAGCUGUACUUAUUGAUUGUUAUUUUCUAAAAAAUUAUAUUUGAUUGUACUUUGGUAAAGGGUACUUGCUAUCAUGCAUCUUUUUACGGCCAUUGACCUCUGACAUAUUGGCAUGCAGGGGGUAUAUCAGACAUACAAGUGACGGUUCUAGUGUAUUCUGAUGUUAUAAAAUAAUAGCAACAAUUAUUUAUUGUUUAAUUUUAAAUCCUAAAGACCGUAAGGGACGAAUAUGUCAAGCAUAUUCUAUGAACAAUGUAAGUUUAUCAGCACAUAUGUUACUCCCAACUAGCUUGUCAAAUGUGUUAGUUAUAGUUAUUGAGAAGCAUAAUAUUAUUAUAUAUUCACUAACCGAAUUGUGUUGUUUUAUCACUUUUGAAACCUGUAUGAUUUUGUACUGUUAUUUUUAUUUUAUAUACAAAUUGUUAUUUCUAACAUUCAACUUUAAUGUGAUGAAUUUUAUUGUCUUUAUACUCGUGUUUUAUUUACUUUAUUAUUUGUAAUAAAUUCACAAUUUACUGUUAAUGCAUUUAUACAAAUGUA